AUGCAGUGCCCCGUGUGCCACACGACCGGCGCGUGCUUCCCGCGCCGCGACCACUACGAGGGCUUCUGCGUGAACCGCGACUGCGAGUACUUCCGCUGCCUGGUGCUGACGCGGCGCCCGCACGAAAUCCGCUUCUUCGAGCCGCGCCGGCCGCCGCGCCGCCUGGCGCGCAAGUACUUCUGCGUGGAGUGCGGCGCCUUCUCCUACGUGUGGGCGCGCCCCUACACCAAAUGCGUGAUGCGCGGCGAUGGCCUGCCCUGUCGCUUCACGCACUGA